AUCACGCGCGAGCCUGAGUCCGCUGGCUGUGGUGCUGAAGCGGCGCAUGCCGGGGGCUCGAGCGCAGACACAAUCGAAGGCAUCCUCUCGCGCGAUGGUCAAAAAUAGAUAGAAGAAGAGAGCUUGUAAUUCAGGAAUCGAAGCCAAUUAUUUGUGAUUUUUAUAUAAAAUACAAUUUACGGUAGUCUGAAUUUGUGUAAGCUGUUGUGAUAGCUUAUAGCCUAUUUGCGUGGUGCGUGUUAGGUUUUUAGACCACCCUCUCCUUAUAUUAUCUAUCUCUCAUCUUUAUUGUUGUUGCCUGCCUGUCUCGCGCAUUCUUUAUGCACAGCACGCCGCUCCAGUCUUCUCCGAGUAAAUAGACCUUCGUCGGAACAGCAUGGCCCGGUCCAGUCGUGCCCACUGAGAGAGAUGGAAGCAAAACAGCACUCCAUAAAGAGCCUGAAGAGCUACCCAGAGGCGGGGGGCCGGAGCCUGGCGGCGGCCGCGGGAGACGUCGGCGUUGGAGGUGGUGGUGGAGGAGGGUGUCUUGCCGGCUCAGCACAGAUGGAGAUGGAGGCAAACAUACAGAAAGCCAUUGACUUCAAGGUGGAGGGGCACCGCUGCUACAAGGAGAAGAAAUUCCGGGAAGCGAUAGGGAAGUACCACCGGGCUCUGCUGCAGCUGAAAGGGGUGCAUUUAGUGGAUGGAAGCACGGACUCCCAGGUCAACCUCCUGAGCCAAGCCGCCGUCAAGCUGACGGAAGAGCAGCGGAGAACCGUGGAGAUCACGGAGAUCGAGUGCUACGACAGCCUGACAGCGUGCCUGUUGCAGUCCGAGCUGGUGAACUAUGAGCGUGUGAAGGAGUACUGCCUGAAGGUGCUGGGCCACCAGCGGGACCACUUCAAGGCCAUGUACCGCGCCGGCAUCGCCUGCUACCACCUGGGCGACUACGAAUGUGCCCUGCGCUACCUGCGUGACGCCAAGAACCGCGAGCCCUCAGACACAAACGUGCUGCGGUAUAUCCAGUUGACGGAAAUGAAGAUGAGUAGGGAGGGUCAGCGGGAGCGAGAGAGCGGCAAAGAGGCCCUUGGCUAACCUGUGCCCUUUUGGCCUCUAUCACUAUGGCCUAUGUUACGACCCAUCCUACGUCACCUCUCCUCUCUGACCUCCUCUCCUCCUUUAUGGAGCCCAGUCCCAUUGAUGACUGGCCCGAGCGAUGCGCUACAACCAUGUAAAAGGGCAGAAAAAGCCCUGUCUCUCCCCCCUCUCUUCUCCUCCUUGUCUCUCUUCUUCCCCCCAGGCGCUGUUGUUCUGUACCCCAGAUGCAGACUGUCAAACAAAGAAAAAACGAAGCAAAGGGAAAUACUGUACUAUACUCAUACAAAACAGUCAUGGUUGUCCGAAUGAAAAAACUGCUUAAAAAUAUAUAUAUGAUCAAAGAACAUUGCGUAAUUUAGUGAAGGUGUAAAAAAUUUCAAAUAAAGUAUAAUUUCUUAUUUAUUCUUUCUCUUUCGAUGUGAGGACUGAGGAGAGGUCCAGGGUUGGGAAAGGGACCAGGGGGGGGGGGCAGGGGAAGGAGUUUAGGAGAAAGGAAGUGGUGUAACACAUAUCAAGACCUUAGGCCAAUUCAACUGUACACCCUAACCCCUGCCCUGUCACAAUGGAUGGAGGUCUGAAAGCCACUGACCCAGACUUGUCCCUGAGAGAGAUUGUCCCCCCCAGUACAGUACAGAUCAGGCUAGCUAGCAGGCUACAUCGCUGUCUUUUUAAUACGGAAUAGUCUUCAGACAAGCCGACCUUUGCGCUCAUGUUCAAUCAAUCUUCUUUUUAGUUUUCAGCUUGUAGUAUCUUGUCUCUAUUUCUGGACGUUUUUUCAAUUCAAGGGCUAAUUCAAGUGUUUGUAAUUUGUCCUCUGAUAAUUUUUUUGUCUUCUGUUGAUAUUCAUAGUACUUACGACUGUCAGUUGUUAUGAAGCAAAAUCUGUGCCCUUCCUCUUUCUAAGGAACAAAACAAACUAACUCCCAAUGGACUCGCUGUUCCGCUCUUUAACAGGUGUGUUUUUGUGAACCGGUGUCUUGAAUCUGUUGUCCAGUCCCCCCUGGAAUGUGUUGUGUUGUCAGACUGUUAACCCCCCCCCCCCACCACCACUCCUACCCCUCUCCGCUUUCUAGCUAAUGAUGUCACAAUGGAAAAUAGCCAGUGGAAUUGAGGUUCCAUCAAAGCACCCUUGGCUGCACAGAGUUCUCCUCUGAUUUUUACUCUGAGAUCCUCUUCCAGGCCCUUCAUCACUCAUGCUGAAUCUUCCCAGACGUCAGUGACAUCACAAGACACUCUUGGCAGUGUUCGUGCAGGGAAUCCGAUCACACAUGCUGUAUCCGUCUGAAGUGUAUCAGCCGUCUCAAUCCGGUCAAUUAAAAACAUCAACGCGAGCGUGCCAUUUGAGAUUCCCGAAUUUGGUUGUGUGUAUUUUGAUAGAUAUCAGUGUUGCAACAAACAAAGAAAUCUGUUCAGAAAAUAAAUGAUUACAAAAUAGAAAAAAUCGCUGUCUCUAUAGGCAGAUUACACAACAGUAGUGAUAGACCAAGACAAGGGAGGAUUGUGAUUGGGGAAAGGCCAGAUAAUGACCUAUUACGCAUACAGACCAUCAUGCCACUGCAUACUUUCUAAAUACCAAUCCCAGUGAUGCUGAUAAAGCCUGAAGGGUUUCUACGAUUUAUAGAAAUACUUAGAUGUACCUGCCCUGUUCUAAGGAGAGGUUUGAGUUGACCUUAAUUCUGUCAUCUAAUACCGUGUAACCCAGUUUCCUUCACCCUAUGUGCAAGCCAAGCCCCUGCAUGGUAAUGUGUGGCUCAAAGGGGAAGCCAUUUUGGAUAUCAGGGAUAAUGUCUGGUUCAUUGCUUUCUAUAACAUGGCAGGUUGCUCCCCCCUUUCCAAUGUAUCCCACGAAUACCCUCUAUGCUCCACACAAAUGUGGAAUGGGUUAAUGGAGCAGUCAGCGGUAUAGCCUGAAAAGGACCUUGGUAUCUUGCAUAGGGUCAUUUGAUGAGACUUAUACGGUCCCAUACAGAAAGAAAUUAGGGUCAGCAGCAGUGGUCCGCCUUGGCCAAGGUGAGAAGAAGAAUUCCAAAAGAACCUCAGACGAGUGGAUAAUACAAUAUCAAAACGAUAACAGAUCUCAAUAUUUGCCUGUGGCCUAAUAUGAGGGAAAUUGGGACCAAAGUGUAUCAAUAAGAGGAGGCUGUUGAGGGGAGGACGGCUCAUAAUAAUGUCCGGAACGGUGGAAACCAUGUGUUUGACGUGUUUGAUACCAUUCCACUAUUCUGCCCCAGCCAUUACCACGAGCCCGUCCUCACCAAUUAAGGUGCCACCAACCUCCUGUGGUGUCAAUGGGACUCUGGAGAGACAGCAGUGCGAUGCCUGGAGCAAAUUUGUGUGAUUCAGAGACGCUCCACUGUAGAGGGAAAUGGGCCAGCAGCAUCACUAACACAGCAGGAGUGCAAUGUCACUCUGAAACUGGGGAGAUGGGAUUAUGUUAAAGCAGUGUUGUGAAGAGGUUCGGGGGAGGUUUACACCUUGGUGCAGAAACACAGUGUGGAAAAACCUAGAGGCACCAAGAACUCUCUUUCUUUCUCGCGCUCUCUCUCUCUCUCUCUUUAUCUCUCUCUUUAUCUCCCUCUCUGAUUCUCAUUCUCUCCACCUCUUCCCCUCUCCAAAUCUCUCUCCAUACCUCUAUCUAAAUUAAAUUCAAAUUGCUUUAUUGACAUGACGUUUCAAUGUCCAUAUUGCCAAGCCUACUUUGCAAAUGGAUAUAUAUUUAACAAUAUUAACAUCAUAAAAAAUGUUUAUAAUAAUAAUCGGGAUUGUCAAUGAAACAUACACUGAGUAUACCAAACAUCGGGGCAUGGACUCUACAAGGUGUCGAAAGCUUUCCACAGGGAUGCUGGCCCAUGUUGACUCCAAUGCUUCCCUCAAUUCCGUGUCAAGUUGGCUGGAAGUCCUUUGGGUGGUGGACCAAUUCUUGAUACACACGGGAAACUGUUGAGCCUGAAAGAUCCAGCGGUGUUGCAGUUCUUGACACAAACUGGUGUUCCUGGACCUACUACCAUGCCCCGUUCAAAGGCUACGUCAUGGAAAGAGCAUGUGUUCUUAAUGUUUUGUGUACUCAGUGUAUAUCUCUCUGUCUCUUAGUCUCUCAACCUCACCACUGUGCAGUAGUGUUGUAUUGGUUCCUAUGGCUGGCUGAGCUGGGCCUACUCACACAUGGCCCUCUUGGGAAUAGCAUAUCUCCCCAUGGUCCUAUCUCCAAGGCAUCCGUCCAGUGUGCUGAGUCAUUAUCGCUCCAUGUCUAUGGUUACUGUCAACACAUAAAAACAGGUCAGGGCUAAGUUCUUCCCACCCCUGACCUAACAUGACCCAUUAUGAGAUAAACAAAGGAAUGACCCUGGACCAGUUAUUGUGGGCAUAAUGUUACAACGUGCUGUCUGUGCAAAUAUAGAUAGAGAGAGACAUCGUCUCGUUAGCAGUCUAGUUGUGAAAAGAUACGGCAAAAGCACAAACUAAAGUGGGAAAGUAAAUACUGGCAGUUUUUCUUCUCUUUCCUUUGACGUCAUUGAGGUACAUGUUUGUCAAAUGUCAAAGUCGUUUUUUGUGGUUAUGAAACAAUUGUGAACAAAAUACGAAACUGAAAAGAAAAUCGAAUGGCUGUUAAAAGCUGUACUUUAUUGAGUAGUUUUAACAAUUGAUGAGCACGCAAGUGAAGGGGGAAGUGAGUUUGGUGUACCUACACCACAGGCUCUCUGUCACGGUGUCUGUGUGUGUGUAGAUGUUAAGUAGGAUUUGUUGUCCCCUAUUUUGGGAAAGUCCAUACCCUACUCUAAGAGUUUGUGAACCCCACAAGUGACAGUGGAUCUCGUUGAAGAAAGUGGGCGUUGGAGAACCGAACCAGUUACACAGUCAACGUUAUUUAUGAGCUACAGCAGCGAAGAAUUCCGCAAAUCUGUUUUCCUUUCUUUUCUCUCGUUUGCUUGUACCGGAGAGUAGGACUUGAAGAUGAGUACGUCAUGGUUAUAAGUACAUUUUUCCCAUAGGACCAUGUGAGGAAACGUCCAUUCACUAUUCCAAAUCCAAAACAUUGGAGGACAUGAUAACUGGUUACAUUGAACUGCUAGCCCAGGAAUGCACUAUUGAUUGGUAAAUGACGACUAUAAAUAAAGUUGAAAAUGAAA